AUGGUGUACUGGACGGAGGUCAUAAAAGGGACUAUCGUGCGGGCAAAGUAUGACGGAAGCGACAUGGAGGUUAUUGUUAACAGCGGAAAAACUACAAGCCCCGAAGGUAAAAUAAAUAUUUCAUCUUCAAUAGUGCUUAGAUUUGAGGGAGCACCGUCCAGGAAUUUUUGUUGUUCAACCUAUGAGCCAAUGAUGUUUUUGCUCACACUAGCGUCACCUUCAGAACGAGGAGCGGUACAUUUCAAAUCAGUUCGCUUGCUAUGUUUUUGUCGAUUAUUUUGACACAAUUGCAAUGAAAUUAUGUUUUAAUGUUCUUAUUAAAUCCAUCUUUGGUUUCUGUUUUCCAAACUAUGCGAAAGAUUUUAAACCUUAACUAGUAAGAAGCACUUCCUACCACGGACUGCAUCAUCGAGUUAUAAAAUUAAUCGAGCAAGCUUGACUUCAUGCACAGUGUUAAUCAUUGAAGCCAAAUUUUAUUCUUAAGUGUAGAAGCUACGUGUGGGCAACGCGCUACGUUUGGGCAACGCGCCAAGCUGUAGGAGGCCAUAGAUCAGUACCAAUUUUCUAAACCAAAAAUUUAAAACAAGAAUCUAUAGUUGAUGAAGGAUUGUUGGAUAUAUUAGCCUAUAUUGACUACUGUUUAUUUGAACUAGCUCGUACUUUUGUAACUCAAUGUUGUGCCUUGUAAAGUAUUCAUGCGUUGUUCUUUGACAGGAAUUGCAGUUGAUUGGCUAGGAAGAAAUGUUUAUUGGACCGAUUCGCGCCUGGAUGCCAUUCAGGUAGCGAAUCUCGAUGGAAGUCAAAGAAAGACACUCAUCUCGUCAGAUCUGAGGAAUCCUCGAGCCAUCAUUGUCGAUCCGCCCAAUGGGUGAGACUCGUUUCUUUACUACAGAUUUACGAGGAGUAGCCUGUGCAUAGCCGACCCUUUCCCUUUCCUGUUGUGGUUGUGGGGAAGGAGGAUAGAGUCCGUAAAAUAAUAGAUGUUACCGUACCAGCUGAUUGCAGAGUUAAUUCAAAGGAAAGUGAAAAAAUUGAGAAAUAUCAAGAUCUCAAGCGUGAGAUAUCAACGAUGUGGGCUAUGCGAAAGGCGGAGGUGAUACCGGUUGUUGUUGGAGCUUUGGGAGCAAUCGGUGCAGAAGACCGCAUUACAUGGAAUUGCAAGAAUACUACGAAGAGAGAAUAAAAUCUAAUAUUAACAAUACCACUCAGUUUUUUGUUCCCAGAAUAGCAGAGGCAGUUUGUGUGAAGUUGGUCUUCUUAGGCGAAAUGGCUUCAGAAAAUUUGGCAUGUGUGAACUCUUUCUUAAACAAUUGAAUAUUCUUAAUUACCUUUUCCCUUUUUUAUCUUUACUUAAGGAAAAUGUACUGGGCAGACUGGGGUCGAAAUCGCCCGAAAAUAGAAGUAGCAAACAUGGAUGGAUCCGAUCGCCGAGUAUUGGUGCAAUCUCCGGCACUCAAAGUUCCAAACGGCUUGACUCUUGUGCAAUCCACAAAUGAACUGUGCUAUUGCGAUGCAGGUGUAAAGGAGAUCUGUUGUGUGAAUUUAGGCGAUCUGAGUAUGCGUAAAGUGGUUCGUCGAGCGCUCUAUCCAUUUGGCUUAACCAACUUCAAUAGAACGCUGUUCUGGACCGACUGGAGACAGGGAAGGAUCCAGAGAAUGGGAUUGAGCGCUGAAACUCGAGAUGCACCUCUUAGAUCAUUCGUAGGUAGUAGCGGAAAGAUCUUUGACAUCAAGGCAGUACAACCUUGUGAAAAAACAGGUAGGUGGAUAUCUAUGUUUUCCUUUAGUGUUUACUGAUGAAUGAUCCUGGUAGGAAAGAGAAACUUGGCUAGACAAUAACAGGAAAGGGAACGUCUGGUAAUUCUUGAAAGCACCGACAGUCUUAUGUCUUGUUAUUGCCCAGUUCUUUGCCUUUUAUGAAAAUCAAUGAAUUUGCUGUCACAGUGAUAUAGGCAUCCCCUGGUUUUGGGCAUCCCCAUUCCUAAAACCCUAGUGAUAUGGGCAUCCCCUGUAACCCUAACCCUAAUUUUAAGCCAAAUCGCCAAGGUAAUAUGAAAAGGGGAUGCCCAUAUCUCUAGGGUUUUGGGAACGAGGAUGCCCAAAGCGCGGGGAUGCCCAUAUCACUGUAACAUCGCCACUUUAGAAGCGAGGAAACUGGGCCGAGCUAACUGUCGCAAAGACUUCUGGGACUGUUUCUGAGGAGAGGAAAAAAUUGGCCAAUUCCUGACCUGCGCGCGGUCACAAGCUGAGAAGUCUUUGCGAAAGGUUACUCGGCACAGAUUCCUUCUCGUUUGUUAUUUGGCGAAUUGUUUUUAUCUAUCAAUAAAGAGGUGCCACUUCACUUUUUUUUAAUAUGUUCUGUUUGUAGUGGUAUUGAAUCAUCCUCGGAGACCCUGGGGCAGAUAGUGGGGACGAGGGAAAGUCCAAACGGGCGGAAAAAUGUGGCGCGAAGAAAAGUAAAGAACGGCGGGAAGAGCCCCUGGGGACAAUGUCUUACCAGACCAGUUCCAAACGGUCGCCGCCGUUCUGGCUUCUGAUUGGUGCCAGAAAAACACACGUUUUCUGGCACCAAUCAGAAGCCAGAACGGCGGCGACCGUUUGGAACUGGUCUGGUAAGACAUUGUCCCCAGGGGCUCUUCUCGCCGUUCUUUACUUUUCUUCGUUCCAUAUAUAUUUUUCCGCCCAUUUAGACUUUCCCUCGCCCCCUUUAUCUGCCCCUGGGUCUCCGAGGAUGGUAUUGAAUCUACACUUGAAAUAUCUGGCUUGAGAAAAGAUCAGCUCUAAAAAAAUAACACGAGCAAUUUCGUCGCUUGAAAUUGCCUGCGACUAAAAAAACACAUAUAUAAAGAAUUUUCUUUAAAAAUUUCCUUCCUUUUCAGCCCUCAAGUACGAGAAUCCCUGUGAUGUUGCAAAUGAUGGCUGUUCGGGUUUGUGUUUAUUAAAAGCAAAAAGCUUCUCAUGUUUAUGCCCCGAUGGACUUCAUUCUAUUAAAGAGGGAAACGCUACAAAAUGUGCAGGUAAGGCACACGAAGGUGACAUUAAACAGUAGAACCGACCUUGAUUGAAGUUGCACAGUAUAACAACCUAAGCAUGACAGCGAUCGAAACGGGAGCGACAGAAGAGCAAUUUGAUUAAUCAAGACAACGAUGUCUUUGCAUUUGUUUUACAUAUGCAAAGACAAAGUAUAGGGGAUGUGCAAGUUUGGGCUCAUGCCUUGACGUCGCUUUGUUUCCUUGUACAAGAAUCUUCGCUCGACUUAGUCCCUAUGACCACUUUAAACCAAUCUUAAAAGCGGAGCUCCCGCAUUAGACUGGCUGCUUACUUAAAACAGUGAAGUCUAGACAAUUCCAAAAAAUGACAAAUAGUUGAUGGGCACCAAUGACGAUCGGUACAAGCACAACUUCUUUACAAUUCGACAGACGCCUUAGAUCUUUGCAGCUUUUCAGUAACUCUUUGCUUUAACUCUUCGAAGACAACUUGGAGGCCCUUUUCCUUGGUCUUAUACUUAUGUUCUAGUGCACCUUGAACUUUCCGCUUAAUAGGUCCUCUCCUUAACAUACAAUCCAGCGGUGUAAUGUCUUGUCUGAGUUCAUCAAUCUGUUUCUUUAGCCUUUGUCUCCAUGAUGGUUCUUUUCGUGCGUCCUUUAUUCUUCCUUUCUUGACGCCCAACGUUCUCCCAACAGCAAACGCAGCUGCCCUUAUCAGAUUGUUUGUUUCAAAAAUGUCCCUUGUUGUUAUAACAUCCUACUUGCUGAACUUUCUGCUUCACUUUUCGUCCGUCCAGCCUACGCAAGUUCUAUGGUUUUGUAUUGCUCCCCUGUUCAAAUUCUUCCAGUAUUUCAAGUGCCAGAUUGAUGUAAUCAUCAUCUAGUCCAUCCCUGCGCAUUUUUUAUCCGAUAGAUACGGCAGUAUUGUUUUCAUUCUCACUCGGUUGAGGAUCUUCAAACUCAGGUUGUAAAGAGCUGUAGGGAUCUGUAAAGUCUCCAUGAUUAUCUGGAGUAACUUCUGUCAUUUGCUCAUUUGAUGCACCACAUUGGUCAAUUUUCCUCCUCAGUUCUUUCAUUUCUAGGUCAGAAAGCCAUCUGUUAACUUUAAUUGUCCUCACCUGGUCGGCAAGCCUUUGCUUACUACAUUCAAAUACACCAAUAUCAUUUCUCCAGAUGUUUGACAUACGCUUCCCUUACCCGCUUCUAGAUGGCUCACUUCUCAAGUAGCAUUCCAUCACAAGCUUGUUCACGUCCUCGUCCAUGAAACUCUUGCAUUCACUCCUUUUGUACCCUGAUUGUCUAGUCAUCCACAGGACCAUUGCUUCCUGAUCAGAGCCUUUGCUCUUGCUCUCUUUGUCCGGGAGAUUAUCCAAUCGUAUGCUCAGAGUAGCCAACUUAUUAUUAUUAUUAUUUUUUAUUUUUAUUUUUUAUUUUAUUUUUAUUUUCUUAUUUUUAUUUUUUUUUGUACUCUUUUACUAAAACAUCAUGUUGAUAAUGAUGUUUUCUUUCUCCCACAGAAAAAUGUGACAGCCCAUUGGGAAUGGAAAAUGGACUGAUCGAAAAUAAGCAACUAUCAGCUCAUUCAGCCUGGGACAAUAAUUACCAACGCUAUGGCUCGGCACGUGCUCGGCUGCACCUCAAUGAAUGGCCUCAAGGCUGGAGAGCGCAGAUAAAUGACCCAUCACCAUGGCUACAAAUUGACUUACUUUGGACCCAUACAGUGACUGCCGUGGCAACUCAGGGGUAUGGGAGCAAGGGCGCAAAGGAAUGGGUAAAGACCUACGUGCUCUUGACAUCACGUGAUGGUAAGAGGUGGUACACAUACAGGGAACGAGGAAGGAAACGGGUAAGACCACUGGAAAUGAAAUCAGUGUUAAACUUAAAGAAUAAUUUUAUUUUAGAUUUAUUUUGCAAUUUUGUCAACUGUUAUACAAGAAUAGUAGUUUAAAUUAUAAAAUAUAUUAAGAUAUGAUAACAAGUGGCGAGGAAACCUAGUUGAAACCACGUUUAUUGCUCAAGAUUAGCUUUCCUAGCUCAAGAAACAAAAAUAAUGCAAGAAUCUAAAAAGAAAGACGUCUCAAUUAAUAAUUUGUUUCUUUAAACUUUUUUGAUCUAUGGAGUAAUAAAUGACUACUCACCGAAGAAAGACGUAGUGGGUCUAAAGCCAAUUGUGAUUUUGGUACUGAUUCCAAAUAACCUGUAAUUGGGUACCACUUGUUUGCGGUGUUGAAAAUUGGCAGUUACUUGAAAAGUGGCCGAGAUCACUUUCCAUAAAGUCUUCCUUGCCAACUCUGUAGGUAAAUAGUGAAUAGCGCACAUUGUCAUCGUGACUGUCUUAAACUCAAAAAAAAAAUCCAUCCAAACCUAUGAGAAAAUUGUUUGAUGCUGCUUGGUUUCAAAAGUAAAACAAGCAGAAAAAGAUAACCAGCAGUAUUUUAUUCAGGAUAGUAUGAAUGUCACUUUUAGAUUAGAACUCAAAACUUUUUUCUUCUUUGUUCAAGUUAUCGAUUUUGUUCGCAGUUAAUUGUAAUCCUUACAUUCUCAUUUUCGACGAUUUCAUUUUUACCCCAUCAGAUUUUUAUUGGAAAUGUUGACACAAGUUCAGUGGUCCAGAAUAAACUAAAGAUGCCUCAGAUAACUCGCUGGAUUAGAAUUGUUCCACGAUCUUGGAAUAAUCACAUUGGAAUGCGAGUAGAAUUAUAUGGUUGCGGAGUUUACCAUCGGUAGGUGUUGAGCUUGAUGUCACGCAUGCUCAAAAGUGAUUUACUCAACGCAGUAUGAAAGUGGAAAUGAUCCUCGCAGUUGAAUAAACAACCUAAGCGGUUGGGAAAAAAACCGCUUAGGUUGUUUAUUCAACUGCGAGGACAGGGGCCGAUCUAGGGGGAGGGUGCAGGGGGUGCGCACCCCCCCCCCCCCCCCCGUUCUUCUCGCCGUUCUUUACUUUUCUUCGUUCCAUAUAUAUUUUUCCGCCCAUUUAGACUUUCCCUCGCCCCCUUUAUCUGCCCCUGGGUCUCCGAGGAUGGUAUUGAAUCUACACUUGAAAUAUCUGGCUUGAGAAAAGAUCAGCUCUAAAAAAAUAACACGAGCAAUUUCGUCGCUUGAAAUUGCCUGCGACUAAAAAAACACAUAUAUAAAGAAUUUUCUUUAAAAAUUUCCUUCCUUUUCAGCCCUCAAGUACGAGAAUCCCUGUGAUGUUGCAAAUGAUGGCUGUUCGGGUUUGUGUUUAUUAAAAGCAAAAAGCUUCUCAUGUUUAUGCCCCGAUGGACUUCAUUCUAUUAAAGAGGGAAACGCUACAAAAUGUGCAGGUAAGGCACACGAAGGUGACAUUAAACAGUAGAACCGACCUUGAUUGAAGUUGCACAGUAUAACAACCUAAGCAUGACAGCGAUCGAAACGGGAGCGACAGAAGAGCAAUUUGAUUAAUCAAGACAACGAUGUCUUUGCAUUUGUUUUACAUAUGCAAAGACAAAGUAUAGGGGAUGUGCAAGUUUGGGCUCAUGCCUUGACGUCGCUUUGUUUCCUUGUACAAGAAUCUUCGCUCGACUUAGUCCCUAUGACCACUUUAAACCAAUCUUAAAAGCGGAGCUCCCGCAUUAGACUGGCUGCUUACUUAAAACAGUGAAGUCUAGACAAUUCCAAAAAAUGACAAAUAGUUGAUGGGCACCAAUGACGAUCGGUACAAGCACAACUUCUUUACAAUUCGACAGACGCCUUAGAUCUUUGCAGCUUUUCAGUAACUCUUUGCUUUAACUCUUCGAAGACAACUUGGAGGCCCUUUUCCUUGGUCUUAUACUUAUGUUCUAGUGCACCUUGAACUUUCCGCUUAAUAGGUCCUCUCCUUAACAUACAAUCCAGCGGUGUAAUGUCUUGUCUGAGUUCAUCAAUCUGUUUCUUUAGCCUUUGUCUCCAUGAUGGUUCUUUUCGUGCGUCCUUUAUUCUUCCUUUCUUGACGCCCAACGUUCUCCCAACAGCAAACGCAGCUGCCCUUAUCAGAUUGUUUGUUUCAAAAAUGUCCCUUGUUGUUAUAACAUCCUACUUGCUGAACUUUCUGCUUCACUUUUCGUCCGUCCAGCCUACGCAAGUUCUAUGGUUUUGUAUUGCUCCCCUGUUCAAAUUCUUCCAGUAUUUCAAGUGCCAGAUUGAUGUAAUCAUCAUCUAGUCCAUCCCUGCGCAUUUUUUAUCCGAUAGAUACGGCAGUAUUGUUUUCAUUCUCACUCGGUUGAGGAUCUUCAAACUCAGGUUGUAAAGAGCUGUAGGGAUCUGUAAAGUCUCCAUGAUUAUCUGGAGUAACUUCUGUCAUUUGCUCAUUUGAUGCACCACAUUGGUCAAUUUUCCUCCUCAGUUCUUUCAUUUCUAGGUCAGAAAGCCAUCUGUUAACUUUAAUUGUCCUCACCUGGUCGGCAAGCCUUUGCUUACUACAUUCAAAUACACCAAUAUCAUUUCUCCAGAUGUUUGACAUACGCUUCCCUUACCCGCUUCUAGAUGGCUCACUUCUCAAGUAGCAUUCCAUCACAAGCUUGUUCACGUCCUCGUCCAUGAAACUCUUGCAUUCACUCCUUUUGUACCCUGAUUGUCUAGUCAUCCACAGGACCAUUGCUUCCUGAUCAGAGCCUUUGCUCUUGCUCUCUUUGUCCGGGAGAUUAUCCAAUCGUAUGCUCAGAGUAGCCAACUUAUUAUUAUUAUUAUUUUUUAUUUUUAUUUUUUAUUUUAUUUUUAUUUUCUUAUUUUUAUUUUUUUUUGUACUCUUUUACUAAAACAUCAUGUUGAUAAUGAUGUUUUCUUUCUCCCACAGAAAAAUGUGACAGCCCAUUGGGAAUGGAAAAUGGACUGAUCGAAAAUAAGCAACUAUCAGCUCAUUCAGCCUGGGACAAUAAUUACCAACGCUAUGGCUCGGCACGUGCUCGGCUGCACCUCAAUGAAUGGCCUCAAGGCUGGAGAGCGCAGAUAAAUGACCCAUCACCAUGGCUACAAAUUGACUUACUUUGGACCCAUACAGUGACUGCCGUGGCAACUCAGGGGUAUGGGAGCAAGGGCGCAAAGGAAUGGGUAAAGACCUACGUGCUCUUGACAUCACGUGAUGGUAAGAGGUGGUACACAUACAGGGAACGAGGAAGGAAACGGGUAAGACCACUGGAAAUGAAAUCAGUGUUAAACUUAAAGAAUAAUUUUAUUUUAGAUUUAUUUUGCAAUUUUGUCAACUGUUAUACAAGAAUAGUAGUUUAAAUUAUAAAAUAUAUUAAGAUAUGAUAACAAGUGGCGAGGAAACCUAGUUGAAACCACGUUUAUUGCUCAAGAUUAGCUUUCCUAGCUCAAGAAACAAAAAUAAUGCAAGAAUCUAAAAAGAAAGACGUCUCAAUUAAUAAUUUGUUUCUUUAAACUUUUUUGAUCUAUGGAGUAAUAAAUGACUACUCACCGAAGAAAGACGUAGUGGGUCUAAAGCCAAUUGUGAUUUUGGUACUGAUUCCAAAUAACCUGUAAUUGGGUACCACUUGUUUGCGGUGUUGAAAAUUGGCAGUUACUUGAAAAGUGGCCGAGAUCACUUUCCAUAAAGUCUUCCUUGCCAACUCUGUAGGUAAAUAGUGAAUAGNACUACUACUACUACUACUACUACUACUACUACUACUACUACUACUACUUAUAAUAAUAAUAAUAAUAAUAAUAAUAAUAAGUAAACAAAGCUAUUAAACUGUAACAAAAUAGUGACAAUGAUGAUGAUGAAGAUAACAGAUAAGAAUUAAAGAUAAUAAAAAGUACGAAAAAGAAAACAUUACAGUCGACUCUCUCUUAACGGACACCUCUAUAAGACGGACACCUCUGUAAAACGGACAUCUAGAGUUGGUACCUGCCUUUCUUAGCUCCCUCUAUUUGACUUUCUAUAAGACGGACAUCUCUCUAAGACGGACAGCUAGUGCUGGUCCCAAAGGUGUCCGUCUUAGAGAGAGUUGACUGCAUGAUGAGAAGAUGGAAUCAUAAUGUCAUAUUAUUUCGGGGCAUUUCCCGUUUCUUAUCAGCACUGUGCAGCACUCUGCACUGAACGUGUUUAGUGCUGUAUAAAAGACUUGUUAUAUGUUUUGCGCGGCACUUCCAACUAUUACCAUCAGCCUUAGGGGCGGAUCUAGGGGGAGGGCGCAGGGGGUGCGCACCCCCCCUGAGAUGACCGGUUUUCUAAUACAACUGGUAUUCUGCGAAAAAAAAAAACUAUGUGGUUUAUUGGUGUUGAAGUAGAGCAAGAGACGAUCAGUGCACCCCCUCCUAAAAAAAAUCCUGGAUCCGCCCCUGGAGGAUUAUUUCCACUUUCAUAUCUUUAUCCGCAGUUCAAAAUAUGAGUCAUUUCAUGGAAUUAUUUCCAUUCAUGUCAUUACUAGGGAACUUAAGAAAAGGCGUUUUUGAGCGACUCACAUCAACACUAAGUGAGUCCUUUUCCUUUAAAUAUACCUUGCUGCUACCAAAUUAGUGUUGUUAAGUGUCUUUACUCUUGCAAAGGCGAUUUUCCCAAACAUUUGGGGAAAAACAAUGACCAAUUAUGCGAAAAUUCCACUUCCACAAUCUUCUCUUUUUAAGAUCCCUAAUUUUUCUGUCUAAAGGUAAUUUUACAUGGGGUGAUUCGCAACCACUAUUUUUAGACCGACAAAGUUGUGCUGUAAGUUGAUACCGUGUACCAUAGGACCCCAAACGAUUUUCGACGCCAUUUUUGCGUGCAUGUUUUUUAGCCAUCCUCAAGAACUCCCAACGCCAACUCGUAAUUUUUUCUUUAAUUUGUUUGCACUUUAUCGUAAUCCCUCCCCCCGCCUCCCUUUCACUCCUUUUCUGACCCAGCUGUCUUCGCCGGGAGCAAUCAGCAUACGCGCGCGAGGUAUGGUUCGUUUAUCAAUACCUUUGUUUGCUUAGGAAUGCCUUACGUUGA